GUGCUAGGUCAGUGUCGAGUGUCUUACCAUUUAGUAUCGAAGUAAUUCACUGUACGAGUGAUUAAUAACUGCAGCGUCAGUCGAACGAUUUUUACUUUCACCAUGAACAUCACGGACCACAACAUAACUCUGAGGGAUUAUAAUCAGAAACCAAUAAAGUUAAAAUCAAGUAAAAAAUACAAGCUUAUCGAGGCAAUAAAAAUGGAAACUUUUGAAGAUAUCUGGCGAAUAGAAAAUUUCAAAGAACGCUUCUCAGAGACCAAAACUCUAAUUACCUCACCGUUAUUUAGUCAUGACUGUGAUGGAAGUAUUAUAAAUUACACCGCAAGAGUCUAUCAAGUGGCUGCAUACGGUGGAUUGCUUAUCAUUGAAUCACACGUUCAGGGGUCUGAGACGAUAUCUACAAUGAAAGUGCAAUGUCUUCUUCGCAAAGACGAUGGCAAGGAAAUUUCUUUAAGUACCUCUAAGCGUGACAUUACUAGAUUCAAACACGUUACUCAACUUCCAAUAGUGUUGCGUAAGGCAAACGGUUUUAUUCCAAACAACGUUCUGACAAUUGUUUUUAGAAUUCAAAUCACCGUCAACCAAGAUUACUAUAGUGUUAAGAACACGAGACUCUCGGAUGAUUUAGGCUAUCUAUUGAGAAGUGGUUGCUUCAGUGAUGUCACACUCAUUGUCGACUGUUGCGAGAUCAAAGCACACAAGGGUAUUCUUGCAUGUCGUAGCUCCGCUUUCGCAUCCAUGUUUCGUAACGAAUCUGAUGACGUAGUCCACAUUAAUAACUACAGUCUUGAUGUGAUGAAUGAGUUGCUCAGUUUUUGUUACACUGGCUGGAUAGGGGAAGUCAGCGAGGAAUUGCUCCACGCCAGUGACGAGUUUGAUAUCGUUGGAUUGAAAAUCAUUUGCGAGGAUAAUUUGUGCACAAAUUUGAACGUUGAUAAUGCGGUUGCGUUCCUGGUUUGCGCCGAGCAUUACCGUGCUUUAAAUUUGAAGAAAAAUGCUGCCAUAUUUAUCGCGAAAAAUCUGAAAGAAUGUGUGAAAACGCCGCAGUUCAAGGAAAUUUCACAUUCUAUGAUUUUGGAAAUUGUGCAGAUGUGGUCGACGAUGUGAACUUGUUUCGUCUGUCUGCAGGAAGAUACGUACGUAUCGCGUUGCUUCAUGUUAUUGUUUUGGGAUUGAGUUUAAUUUUUACAAUUGAAAACUUUUCUUUGUGAUGAAUAAAAUUUUUUUUAGUUAAAGAAUGAUCAUUAAUAAUCUAUUUAAAUUUCAAUUUUAUAAUAUGACACAUAAAUUGUAACUAAUCGAGUUGUAGGGAGAAUAAGACC